AUGAUUAGUUGUCUAGGGGAAGACCUACAGUUGCAAAUUUAUAUAAGUUAUUGUUCGACUGGAUCAGUGAAAUUCUGUAGCGGUCAUCCAAGUGUGAGUAAUGAUAGGUUGUCGCAGGAUGCUGAGAACAAAACAUUAUUGUAUAAUAUGGUCAUUAAGAAUUAUUCCCAGGUUCUCAAUUUUGAAAAUCUUUCAUGGACAACAGCUUCAUCAAGAUUGUACCUUUCACCAUCUACUCUUGCACUCAAGAUUCCAGCAUGCAAGGGUCGUUGUUUGGUUCCUUGGGGAAAGAAUUUGCUUUUGAUUGGAGGGAGAAUUUCCCUACCAAGUGUAUGGGAUUUUGAUGCAGAAACAGAGACUUGGUCACUUAUGGAAGCAAGAGGAUCCUGCCCACACGAUAGAAACAAAUAAUAGUGAAAAGGGCAAACUCAGUACAACAAUAUUAGAACUUUUCUUUUCUAUUUAUUGAAGGUAAAUUUUGAUUAUGAUCAGCACCAUUCUGCACUCACAGUAAAGGCGGUAAAAGUAGAACUGUAGAAGGAAUAAUUCAAGUGAUUUGUCAAAAAUUCGUUUAUUACUAAAAACAUAAAAUGGUUAUAACAGGGGUCAAAACUCUCAAAUUUGUUGGAAAAUUAGUAUCUUCAUAUCUUAUGAACAGUACCCGGGGUUAGGUGCUGUUCAUAAGGAUGUUGUGUUUUAAAAUCACACAUUUGGCCCCGCAACGCGGGGUAACUCACCUAGUUAUUUAUGAUUUAUGAUGAUUGUUUUACGUUUUAUUAACUCCUGCUUAUAAGAUUUGAUAGGAAAUCCUACCAAAAUAAACUAUUUUUCAAAUUUUAUUCACAAAGUUUUAUUUGUGCAAUAUUUAUUAGAUAAAAUGAUUAAUAUAGCCAUUUUUAUUUAUUACUCAUCACUUUUUAACCAAAAAUUAUCAAUUAUCCCAAAAUAACCAAUGAAACCGUAUGUAUCUUAAAUCUCCUACUGUUUCGCCAAAUACCUACAGUUUCAGUCUUUGUAUAUAAGAUUUUUUUUUUCUUUCAAAAAACCAUACGAAACCGUAGGUUUCUCAAUAACCUACGGUAUCAUUUGAUAAGUAUACGGUUUCCCAAACCGUAGGUUUCAAGAAACCUACGGUUUCAUCGAAAAACCUACGGUUAUGGUACUUUUUUUUGAAUAUUUGACUACUAUUUGGUAUAAGUUGACUAUUGUUUUAGGUAUUUUGACUAUUACAUCAUACCUACUAUAUAAUACAAGAAUGUUAUGAUUUAUAAGUUAGUGUUUCAUUUUUCUGAUAUUGUUUUCUCUAAAAAAAUUAUAGUAUGAGUUCAAUUGAGUAUUUCGUAUUGCUUAUCGCUGACGGAAAAUGAGAGUUUGUUGAUUCCCGAUUAUCAUAUUUAUGGCCACCUUGAUACAUUCCGAGAAUGUUUCGUUACGGUGUUGAAUUUUACGAAACCACCACAUUCAGUGAAUUUGUUCAUUUGGUGAAAAGUAAGACUAGUAUUCUCAAUGAAUCAAAAAUCAGUCUGCCUUAUCAACAUGCUGAGCAACUGUAUUAUUGUUCUAUUAUUGAUGAUCGUGACAUUAGAAGGUUGAUCAAUGUAAUAAAUGACGUUGGAGCUAAAUAUGUGUAUGUGUAUGUGGUGGUUGAAGAAGGUGUUGAGGCUAACGAAGUAGCUCAUAGAGGAAAAGUAUUUGCAGCUAACAUAUCUAGUGGAAAAGGGAGCAACAACCCAGUAGGUACUUUUAGAACUCCAAGUAUAUCUCAUUAUCAUAGUGUUGUUGAAAAUGUAAACGUAGUGUCAGAACCGAUUAUGUAUUUGGAACCCC